AUACCCUUGUCAUCGCUGUUUGGUCAUUAAAUUAUACUGUAAGCGUGUUUAUUCUAGCAAGCUCGCUCAGCGCUUGUCCGAUUCAGUGUGUGAUUCUUCCCUUGCCGGUUCACUCGUAUGCCAAACAUGACAGAGGCCAUGAAGAAUGAGUAUUGGCUCCUCCGUCACGGCCGCAGCCUGGCCAACGAAGCGGAGAUCAUAGUCAGCAAGCCCGAGCAUGGAGUCGAGUCGCGCUGGACGCUAGCACCGGCAGGGGAAGAGCAGGCGACCGCAGCCGGGCAACAACUGGGGAAGGCGCUGGCUGAGGCUGAACGGUCAGGCCGGCCAGCGGUCGUGUACGCAUCACCCUUCUCGCGCACACAGCGCACCGCCGAGCUAGCCGCACAGGCGGCCGGGCUGCAGGUACCAGUGCAGACGGCUGAGGAGCUGCGCGAGAGAUUCUUUGGGGACGAUCUGGAGCUGCAAUCGUACGGCAAGGCGUACGGCACAAUAUGGGAGCGUGAUGCGGUGUCCACUGAUACCUGCCCCGGCGGGAACGGCGAGAGUGUCAGCCAGGUUUCACAUCGGAUACGGCAGCUGUUCCAGCGACUGGAGCAGGCGCACAGCGGGGCCGUGAUCCUGCUGGUCAGCCACGGCGACACGCUGUCCAUUCUGCAGGCCACCAUGCUAGGGGCAGACACCCGCCAGCACCGGCGCUUCGCCUUCGAGACGGCGGAGCUGCGGCCGCUGCUGCAGCCACCAGCACACGACCUGGCGCACUCUCACGCGGUUCAGGCACACGGCCACGGCCACGGCCACGAGGGAGAGGCGCAUGCCGAUGUGCUGGCAACUCCACGGGAGGCCUAGACCACGGAGUAACAAUGGGCGCUGGUGGUGGAGGUCACAUCCUGAUGGAGGGACCUCCUUCUUGAAAAUAUCCAGGAGUUAUCACUGCACUGUGCCUAUCCUUGUGUGUGAGGGCUUUAACGGGUUACUGUAUCGUGGAAUGUGCUACACGCGAGCACGGCUACUACCGCGACCCCGCAUUGUUGGCGAUUGCGAAUGCCUCUUACUAAGGGACUACGGGCGUGUGGCUGAGUCGCAGAUACUGAAGGCAUUGUGCGGAAAGGGUGCAUCGAGGGCAGUGUGCAGCAUGGUGCUGCCGGGUGUGUCGAGUGUCUGAUCUUGCGAUAUCUUGAUGCGUGGACUAUCGAAAUCAGCGACGUAGCGCGGCGUUCUUUCGGUAUGGGUCACAGAUGAUGAAGAGGUUAGUGACGGUCGGGCAGGGCUGAUGUGGUUCCAGGCGGCACACCUCGUGGCGCUUGGGCAGGUGCGGGUAGGCGCCUGUCCCGGAUGACCGGCUCGACCUCAUGCCUGGCCGAUGGAGACCCCCGUGUUGCAUGUUUGCCGUAUACAAAAGACCUGCCGUCAGUAAUCAUUUGAACAUUGUUGCUAUCACGAGCGUUUUCAAGGAGACUUGAAGACUGACAUCUGAACAUCUUUGAAUCGCUGCCUGAAGCGUUGAUUAGUAUCGGUUAUCGACGGGUGCUGUUCAUACUUAGGCGUGUUACUGUUAGCGGCUCAGCGGCGUACCUGGGUUCGGACACG